AUGGGCGCGCCGCUCUUCGGCGCCGUCCUCCUCUGCCUGGUACUCGCCGCGGCAGCGGUGCCGGAGCAGCAGCCCACAUUGCCCUCCUCUUCAGCGGCGAACAGCUCCACGGGGGUGAACUCCAACUCGGUGCUGGUGGCGCUUCUGGACUCGCACUACACGGAGCUGGCGGAGCUGGUGGAGAAGGCGCUGCUGCUGCAGUCCCUGGAGGACGCCGUGGGCCGGGGCAACGUCACCAUCUUCGCGCCCCGGAACGAGGCCCUCGAGCGGGACCUCGACCCGGAGUUCCGCGCCUUCCUCCUUGAGCCCCGCAACCUGCGCUCCCUCCAGCGCCUGCUCCUCUUCCACGUCCUCCCCUCCCGCCUGCACUCGCACUCCGCCUGGCCCGCCUCCACCGCGCGGAUGACGCUCUCCGGCGAGCACCUCCAGCUGUCAGCCGACGGCCAGAAGAUGCUAGUCGGCACCGCGGAGGUCACGCGGCCGGACGCGGUGGUGAGGCCCGACGGGGUCAUCCACGGCAUCGAGCGGCUGCUGGUGCCGCGGUCAGUUCAGGAGGAUUUCAACCGCCGCCGCAGCCUGGCUGCCAUCUCGGCCGUGCUCCCCACGGGCGCCCCCGAGGUGGACCCCAGGACGCACAGGCUGAAGAAGCCUGCGCCGCCCGUGCCCCUCGGCGCGCCGCCCGUGCUGCCGGUCUGGGACGCCAUGGCCCCCGGCCCUUCCAUCGCGCCGGCGCCGGCCCCCGGCCCCGGAUCCGGGAAGCACCACUUCGACGGGCACAGCCAGGUCAAGGACUUCAUCCAGACGCUGGUCCUGUACGGGGGGUACAACGAGCUCGCUGAUAUCCUGGUGAACCUGACGUCGCUGGCCACGGAGAUGGGGCGGCUGGUCUCAGAGGGGUAUGUGCUCACAGUGCUGGCCCCCAAUGACGAGGCCAUGGCACGGCUGACCACGGACCAGCUGAGCGAGCCCGGGUCGCCGGAGAACAUCCUCUACUACCACAUGGUCCCCGAGUACCAGACGGAGGAAAGCAUGUACAACGCCGUGCGGAGGUUCGGGACGGUGCGGUACGACACGCUGCGGCUGCCGCAGAAGGUGACGGCCAGGGAGGCGGACGGGUCGGUCAAGUUCGGGCACGGCGAGGGGUCCGCCUACCUCUUCGAUCCGGAUAUCUACACCGACGGGAGGAUCUCUGUGCAGGGCAUCGACGCAGUGCUCUUCCUGCCGGUGGAGGACGCGGCCAAGAGCUCCGGCGGAGCCUCGCCCGUGAGGAAGGCCCCCGCCGUCACCGGCACGGCCAAGCCCAAGCUCCGACGGGAAGUUGUUGGAAGGGGCGUGCCAUGUGGCGGCUGUCUUCGGUGGGCGAUCGCACUUCACGAGCUGCCAGUAGAUCAUGGCCGAUGA